CGCUGCUCUCCAGGCUUCAGUAAGAGAGAAGAGAGCUGACGAGCAAACACGGUUGACAACUCAUUCAAGCUUCGGGACGACCUCUGUUGGAAAUUCAACAUUCUCGGAUUAUUUUUGCCCUGGGUUCGUUCGGAACGAAGCGAUUUGAAUGAGCAAGAGCCAGCCGUGGGAUUCAUUCAUCUCCCCGUCGUACACGGAGUCAACCCGCCGCCCAUUGAUUUAAUAGCGCUUCCCCCCCGGGACCCGUCUAAAUGCUGGACAAGUUCAAGCCCGUGGCCCCCCCGCAGAAGCAGCCGCUCGACUCGAUGGUCAUGGCGGUGAGCAAGACGUCGGCGUGGCUCCGCGAACAGCUGGCCGCGCCGCGUCGCGACUGCCUGCUGCUUCUCAUGGACUGCCGCGGCCAGGAAUCGUACGAGUCGUCGCACGUCCAGGGCGCCAUCAGCGUGGCGCUGCCUGGCCUCAUGCUGCGCCGCCUCCGCAAGGGCAACCUGCCGGUGCGGGCGCUGCUCGCCGACGGGCCCGACCGGGAGCGGUUCGCGCGCCGGUGCAAGAGCGCCACCAUCGUGCUCUACGACGAGUACAGCCGCGAGUGGAACGAGAACGUGGACGGCGGCUCCGUGCUGGGGCUGCUGCUGCGCCGCAUGAAGGACGAGGGCUACAAGGCCUUCUAUCUGGAGGGCGGCUUCAACAAGUUCCAGGCUGAGUUCCCGAAUCUUUGCGAGACCAACCUGGACGGCUCUUCCGACAGCAGCCCCCCCUCCACGCACGUCCUGGGCCUGGGCGGCCUUCGCAUCAGCUCGGACUCUUCGGACAUUGAGUCGGACCUGGACCCGAGCAGUGCCACAGAGUCGGACGGCAGCCCGCUGUCCAACCCGCAGCCGUCCUUCCCUGUGGAGAUUCUGCCCCACUUGUACUUGGGCUGUGCCAAGGACUCCACCAACCUAGACGUGCUGGAGGAGUACGGCAUCAAGUACAUCCUCAACGUCACGCCCAACCUGCCCAACCUCUUUGAGAACGCCGGCGAGUUCAAGUACAAACAGAUCCCCAUCUCGGACCACUGGAGCCAGAACCUGUCGCAGUUCUUCCCCGAGGCCAUCAACUUUAUUGACGAAGCACGGGGUCAACACCGUGGCGUGCUGGUACAUUGCCUGGCCGGCAUCAGCCGCUCGGUGACGGUGACGGUUGCCUACCUGAUGCAGAAGCUGCAGCUGUCCAUGAACGACGCCUACGACAUCGUCAAGACCAAGAAGUCUAACAUCUCUCCCAACUUCAACUUCAUGGGCCAGCUGCUGGACUUUGAGCGCACGUUGGGCCUCAAGAGCCCGUGCGACAAUCGGCUGGCCGCUACCUCUGUCGCGCCCCCCGGCGGCCAGCCCCUCUACUUCACCACACCUACCAACCACAACGUCUUCCAGCUAGAUCCUCUCGAGUCCACGUGAACGGGCGGCAAAGGUUGGAAAAUGUGAAAUCUUGAUGACCUCCUAACGUCCUGGAAAGAGUUUUCUGGCUGACAAGGCCGGAUGCGAGCGGCGAUCGCUUCAAAGCCGGCCGGGCGGGCGGGUGACGGCGGUCCUUCCAGCCAAGUGUGUUCAAACUGGACCACCAUUUUGAGUCGUGGACUCCAUCUGACUUUAGCGAUUAUCUUCUGUGAAGACACAACUGGACGCUCUUUUGUACAUAGUUGUUGAUUAUGCCAAAAAAAGAAAACAAUCAAUCAAAAAGGAGGCUUUUUCAUCUGUGUAAUCUAUUGCAGUGUUUUCCCAACCUCACCCCAAAUAUAUUGUGAAAUAUCUCAUUUUCCAAACAAAUUUACAGCGUAGGAGAAAAACGCAUGAAGAGUUUGAAUACUAGGACCAAUCGAGUGAAAUAAUAAAUUCAUAAUGAUAAUAAUUUCCCACAGCACAGUGUAUGGGAAGCACUGCUCUGAGCCAACAGCAGGCCUUGUCUUUGCACCUCCCUCCCAACUAAUCAGUCCAGCUGAGGUUGCCUUAUUUAUUUCGCCUCCUCAUGUGACUUUUUUUAUUAUGGGGGCAAGUGGAGUUUAUUUUUUUUGUGCGUGUGUGCGGUGAGGGUCUCCGGGGGUGAAAGUAUAUGACGAUGAGAGGAAAAGAAUGUGGACGUCUCCCUCCUUCCUCCUAUGAAUGUAAAGAUAAGUUAUUAAUAAAUUGAUAUUUUGUCUACGGAAAA